UUUUGGAUAUUGAUAUGGCCAAUUGAAAUAAUAAGCAGCAUCUUCACAGCAGACAUAAAUUUGAUAGAUAUGAGAUAGUUGAUGUAAAUCCCAGACAAGUCUUUCAGCAAUUGAAGAAUUAUAUGAUUUUCGAUUUUUUAUUAAUGAUCUAUGUUCAAAUAUUGUAUCAGAAUAUCGAAAAUACAAUCAAAAUAAACGUUUAGUUGUCUAUCAUGGACAUUCAUUAAUGAAAGAUGAAAUAUUAAAAUUAAAACAAAAUGAAGGUAACUUAAUAAUAUUUAAUAGUUAUUUAUCGACUAGUCGUUCUCGAGAUGUUGCUCUCGUAUUUGCUUCUACAUCACGUCCUAAUACCGAUACUGUUGUAUUUGAAAUUCAUAUUGAACCACAUUUAAAAACAAUGUCCUAUGCGGCAACAGAUGAACAUAGCCCAUUUCCAGAUGAAGAAGAAGUAUUGUUUAAUCUUGGUGUCACAUUCAAAAUCGAAAGUGUUGUUUAUGAUAAUAUACCUAAUAUAUGGAUAGCAAAAAUGACUGGAACUGAUGAUGGAGCUAAAAUUGCUCAUCAUUACAUGAACAAUGAUAAAAAUGGAUUAGGUGUAAUAAAACGCCGACUAAUAAAUCUUGUUGAAUACACAAAGUCCAAAAAGUUAUUCAAAAAAUCAUUAUCAAACACGUCCGACAAUAUCUCACCUGAUGUUAUCGAUUCUCAACAUAGUACAGUUCUAGUCAUUAAACCUGUACAAGUUGUUUGUUUGGAUGCAUCUAGUGAUGGAAUAAAAAUGUCGGUUCUAAAAAAUGAAUAUCAACAGAUAUUCAAGUCAUCAUUUCAAUAUUUCGAUGAUGCCGACGAAUGUCAAACAUAUUUGAAUUCAAAUGUUAAUAAAAAGAUCUAUUUUAUCAUGUAUGGUGAUAUUGCUGAAAGACUUGUCUGGGAUUUACAUCAACUAUCUCAUAUCUAUCAAAUUUAUGUCUGCUGUGAAGAUGCUGCUUAUUAUUUCAAUUGGCCAUAUCAAUAUCCAAAAAUUUGUGGUGUUUUUGAUGAUUUAAAUCAUUUAGAUGCUCAUCUAAAGACGGAUAUCGCCUAUUAUGCAAGAAAACAGGGAGAAAAGCAAAAACAAGUGAAAUCAGAUGGUGCAAAAGCGAAAAGAAACUAUCGACAAGCUACGGAUCUAUAUUCAAUAUUGAUUGAUAGUUUGGAUACGAGAGUUAAACAACUUGAAACUGAUUUAUAA